AUGCCCAAACUUCGCUCACUUCCCUUCUGGCUGGCUGUGAGAGUCUUCUUCCGACGCAUUUACUAUCAACUACAGAGCCCUCUUGCGCUGCGAGGCAGUAUCUAUAGCCUUAGACGAUUCCACAAGCACCCCUAUCUCGCGCUUCUCCGUCUCUUCAUCCCUUGGCCAUCAUGGCGAUUCCCCCUGCCGGAGCAGAUAUCAGUAAAGGAAAUGCUUGGAAACGAAACUCUUAUGUUUGAGAGGCGACGGCACUUCAAUCUAUACACAAGUAUACCUAUCUGGUGUAUGCGAGAUACGCCUAUACGCUCCCUUUACCGACUCUACGAAUCAAUGGCUUCCGGCGAAUAUGCUCCAAUGGGCCGAGAGACAGAAUACUUCUGGUACAGGGGGUGGGAAUUGCACGCAAUUGAGGAUCCUCGAGAUCCGGACCCUGUGCGGUAUGCCAUUGUGGCGUCUCUGGUGGAAGAGCUUGUUACCGCAUUCAACUGGCGGCUGAGCUUGGGUAUGAGGCGUAACCACCAGCAUAUAAUUCGAGAAAGUAACAGCGACCCGUAUCCCCCAUAUACACCGGUAGCUGGGCCAAAGUGGGCGAAAUCUGUGCCCGCAAUCACACCGGAGAGCUUGGAUGGACUGCCUCAAGAGUUUGUAGAUGAGAACCAGCUCGUGCUGGAGGCGAAGGGCUGCAGCAAAACGUUCUUGAAACGUAAUAUUGUUACAAAUGUUGGCUGGUUAUACACUAUAUAA